UGUGGGCGUGGCGGCCGCCAUGGCUCGCGCGGGCGGCGGAAGGACCCGCUGUUGGCAUUUGGUGAGCAAAUGUCUUCACACCACAGCGGGGUUCCUGAAGAAAACUGGAACUGAGCACCGGUGGCUGGAGCGGCACUUGAAGGACCCCUUCGUCAAGGCGGCGAAGCAGCAGCAUUACCGUUGCCGAAGCGCCUUCAAAUUGCUGGAGAUUGAUGACAAGCUGCGUAUCCUUCGCCCAGGACUUUCUGUUCUUGAUUGUGGAGCGGCGCCUGGCGCCUGGAGCCAGGUUGCUGUAGAGAGGGUCAACGCAUUGGGUACUGAUCCUGCUGCCCCCACUGGCUUUGUCCUUGGUGUUGACGUCCUGCGGAUUUCUCCUUUGGAAGGAGCAGUCUUCCUGUCGGAGGCUGACAUUGCAGACCCAAGCACGCUGAGGAGGAUUCAGAGUCUGCUUCCUGCAGAGAAGGUGGAUGUUAUCUUGAGCGACAUGGCACCUAAUGCAACAGGCAUUAGAGAACUGGAUCAUCAGAAGCUGAUCAAUCUAUGUUUAGGCCUUCUGAAUCUCUCCCAAAGUAUUUUAAAGCCCAAAGGAACAAUGCUUUGUAAAUUCUGGGAUGGACGUGAGUCCUGUCUUCUGCAAAACAGACUGAGGGAGCAGUUCCAAGAUGUGAGAACUAUAAAGCCGCAGGCCAGCCGGAAGGACUCCGCUGAAUCUUAUUAUUUGGCAAGGCUGUACAAAGAGAAGUGAAAGCUGAGAAGUUCAGAUUAUUGAACAAGAGAUCAGACAUGGUUUGGAAGUCUGAGUUUGGCAUAUGGUUAAAGAAAAAAAACACUUUUAAGACCCUGGGUAGAUCUACCACAGUUCUUACGAAGUACAUCAUGCUUUUCAAAUACCAAAAUAAACCAGUGUGGUGUCCUACUGAGUUUAUCCAUUAAUUCUACAGGCAGAGACAUCCAGUCUUGCUUCUCACCUGUGGAGAAAGCAGUGGGGAAGGGAGAGGAGUAACCUGCAAGGCAGCCUCUGGUGCUGGAGUAAUGGAAAUGAAAAUAAAACAACGAUUAUAUGAGUUUUUAAUGUGUGCUUGAAAAUCAUUGCACUACUAAUGGUGUCAAGUUUGAGGCUAACCAUGUAGGUGGUCGUUGGAAUGAGAGGGAGCAACAACAGGAGUCUGAGCCAAUUUAUUGCCUCUUCAUCUUUCUUAAAAGCUGGUAUAAUUUAUUAGCACAUGUGAAAAUAAAUAAGGUUUUCAUGCAUGUCAGGAUCUGCAUCAUCACGUACGAUCUGUGGUGUGGCUGCUCAUGAGAUAGGAACGGCUCUGGAAUAUUUAGCUGGAUGGCUCUGCUGUGUUUCCUAAAGAGGCACGUCAUGUUUAGAGAUGGAAGCUUCACUCAACUUGUAAAUCCAGCACCUGACAGUAGAGCAAGGUCAUCGCUACUGAGGAGAUCAUUUCCCCUGUGUUUUCCAUGAUGUUUUAUGUCUGACUGGUGAUGUUUCUUAGGUGAAAUGACAAA